UUGUGAACAAUCUCAAAAUGGCCCUCCGUGUAGUUGGUCUGCUGAUACGCCAGGAGCUGUCCGGUCUGGCUAGUAAACCGUCGGUGCGCAUGAUCAGCACCAGCCGUGGGCCGAACUGUGCCAAGAUCCUGGAGCAUUCGCCGAAUGCGCACCUGAACAAGACGCUGCUGGAUCGCUACACCCGGCUAAAGUACGAUCCGAAGUAUGUGCAGGCCACCUACGUGUGGAUCGACGGUACUGGUGAGAACGUGCGGUUGAAGGAUCGCGUCCUCGACUAUGUGCCGAAGAAGCCGGAGGAUGUACCGGCCUGGCAGUAUGAUGGCAGCUCCACGUAUCAGGCACUCGGUGGUAACUCGGACAUGAAGCUGGUGCCCCGGGCACUCUACAAGGAUCCGUUCAAGGCUGGCCAGAAUGAUGUGAUCGUGCUGUGCGAUACGUACCAGCCAGAUGGUGCACCGACCGCUUCGAACCAUCGUGCCGCCAUGCAGGAUGCGUUCAACCGCACCAAGGAAUUGGAGCCGUGGUUCGGUAUUGAGCAGGAGUACACCUUCCUGGACAUUGAUGGACGUCCGCUUGGUUGGCCGGUUGGUGGAUUCCCUGGACCCCAGGGUCCUUACUACUGCGCCACCGGUGCUCAGAACGUGGUGGCACGGGAUAUUGCUGAGGCCCAUGCCGUGGCAUGUUUGUACGCGGGCGUACAGUUCGCCGGAACCAACGCAGAAGUAAUGCCGGCACAGUGGGAAUACCAGGUCGGACCGGCUCUGGGCAUGAAGUGUGCCGAUGAUCUGUGGAUGUCUCGGUACAUCCUGUGGCGCAUUGCCGAAGAUUACGGCGUGGUUGUUACGUUCGACCCGAAACCGAUGGAGGGCAACUGGAACGGUGCCGGUGGACAUUGCAACUUCUCCACGAAGCCAAUGCGUGCCGAGAACGGUAUCAAGGCGAUCGAGCAGGCGAUCGAGAAGCUGUCCAAGAAGCACGAUAAGCACAUCAAGGCGUACGAUCCGCGCGGAGGAAAGGACAACGAGCGCCGACUGGUCGGACGGCUGGAGACGUCUUCGAUCGACAAGUUCAGCUGGGGCGUUGCGGAUCGUGGUACCUCGGUGCGUAUUCCACGCGGUGUUGCCGACGCUAAGAAGGGCUAUCUGGAGGAUCGCCGUCCGAGCUCGAACUGUGACCCUUAUGCAGUUUGCAAUGCCAUCCUUACUACAUGCCUGUUGGACGAAUAA